CCAGCACUGCCAGCAUUCCACAGCCACCAGAACCACCAGCAUCCUUCUGCUGCUGGAGGGACAGUUACCCCGCAGGGAAGAGAAACAAGAAAUGGUGCAAGACUCUCAGGAGAGAGAAGGCAGUACGAGAAAGGGACAGUCUGCAGGGAAGGAAUGUUUCUCAUCAGGAGGAAACAGGGAGGCAUUUGCAAAAUGUUUCAUUUGGAGCUUUUGACAAAAGUCACUUCCUCUGUCUGAAAAAAAACCCCACGACCAAAAACUCAGAGGAAGUGACAUUCUGACGUAGCCAAAGAUGCAAUUUCCACCUCCCCCCAUGACUCCAUGGAGCCCUGGUGAGCAACACCAGGACAGGGCACAGAGAGGAGCCAGCAGGAUGGGAAUGGAGAGCUCCUGGUGACCUGGGCACUUUCUCCUUCAUGUCCCUGACCUGCCAGGAGCCACUUUAGGACAUGGAUCCCAAAGGAGCAAGAGGGACCAGGAAGCGCCGCUGAUCUGCACAGACCCCUUUGCCUGCUGCUGCCCCACAGGGAACAGGGAGCUGCUGAGGAGCCACAUGGUCCAUCCCUGGAUUCUCCAAGCACUGACUGCCCAUCCACUCUGACCACAGCCAGGGCCACAACCCACUGUCUGUCCAGCGUCCAUCCAUGGAGGUGACCACCGUGUCCCCAUCUCCUGCCUCACCCACUGAAGGGGAUGAUCUGUGUGAGACAGAUGUCACCGAUGUGGCCAUACACAGUGUGACCUUGCUUAUCUGCCUCUGUGGGCUGGCUGGGAACGGGGCUGUGCUCUUGCUCCUCAGCCUGAAAAAGGGUAAUCGUUACUUCUUUUACAUGGCUUUCAUUGACUUUCUCUUCCUCCUCUUUGCAGUCCCCUCUACCUUCCUCUUCCUGGUGGAGGACGUGUCCUGCUCCCCUAUCGUGCCCUUUAUGUACGUGAGUUUCCUUUUCCAGCUCUCAGUGGUCCCCUACUACAGGGCACUGGUGUCUCGAAGGACUGCCCAGUCCAUGCAAAAGCUCUGCAAGCUCUGCUGCGGCUGCCACCUUCCUAAGCACCUGAUGUGGGUGGUGGGAAGUGUCCAAUAUUGGGCCUUCUUUGCUCUCUUUGCUGUCAUUCCCACACUGACAUUCCUGUGCCCAUCACACCAGCAGGAGCUCUGCCGGGCAGCUCUCAUCUCCGUGUACACCAUCGCCCUGCUCCUCUUUGUUGUACCGGUGGUCACUUCCCGCACAAUCAUCCUCAUGAAGGCCAAGUGGGGCUCCCAGCAGCAGCAACCCAAGAGGCGCGACAUCGUUAUCCUCAUCACUGUGCUCCUCACUCUCUUUCUCAGCCUCUGGAAUUUCCUGAAGCAGCUUGGUUACCUCACUGUGCCCUUCCAGGUUGUUUUCCUGCUCAACUGCAUCCACAGCAGCAUCAAACCCUUCAUCUACUUCUUGGCAGGGCAAUGCUGGUGGCCCUGCUCCAUGGGGUCACUCUGGCUCUCCCUCCAGAGGGUCUUUGAGCAGCAGAAAAAAAAAAAAAAACGCAGAAAUAAGUCUCGCACAGAAACAGUAGUCUGAGCCUGUUGAUCCCUACCACUGCUCUGCUGAAGGACCUUGGCACAAAGCCUGAGGGUUUCCUUGAGUCACCUGAUGAAUCAAUAUCCAGAGGAUCACCCUCCCCAUGGUGCUGUAUUCAUGCAGGAGAAGGGACCAGUGGCAUUGUCUUGUGUGAUUUUUGUGGAAUGCUCUGCAGGGAGCACACUGGAGCAUGGCUUUCCUCCUCCCUCCUGGAUCCACAUGGCUCCAAGCAGUGCAGCUGGGCUCAGUGCUGUUCCCCAGCUCUAUUCCCCAUGCAAUGACCCUCAUGGCCUCAGCCCCAGGGAAUGAACUCCAUCUCCUUUGGCUCAGCAGAUGAGUUCCAUGGUGUUUUCAGGGAGCUCUUGCCUGCAAAGCAUGGGACACCCUAAUCCCUGGGGACACACCCAGCAUGGGAUGGCAGUGAUUUCCCAAAUCCCUGCAGGGCUGGUGCCUCUGGAUGGCAGGAGAGGGGCUGGGAUCACAGGGAGCAUCCUUCCCUUUCUGUCCAGCAGAGCCAGCCCUGCAUUCCCAGCUGAUGGGAAGGGACACCAGGUAGGGCUGCAGAGCUGGGGAAGGACAGCAACAUUCCCUUAUGCCUUCAGCAGGAAUGUCUCACAUUCUUGAAUUCCAGAAUUGAAUCCUUCUGAGUAAAGUGCAGGGUCGAUGGUGAACUCCACUGAACUCCUGUGCCUGUAUCCAGAAAGUACAUGGAACAUGGAAAUUCCCAUCACCAGAUGCUUGGACCAUUGAAUUGCACAGAGAUUAUGGGGUUGUGCUGCUCUUCUGCAGAAUGGGGCCAUCCAUCCUCUGGUUCCCCAGCAUCAGUGUCCAGGGAAGCCCUUGAGCACCUCCAUCCUGAACCUGGCCACCCUCAGGAGGAGCUGCACAGCCACUCUGCACAGCAGCUCCAGCCACAGUCCAGCCUGUCCUGAUCUUUGUCAUUCUGAAACUACCCCUCAAUCAGAUUUGGAUUCAUGGGUUUUGUUUGAUUCCACUGUGGAAGUUCCAGCCUCUGAAUCUGUUAAAUACACAACAUCUAGGCUUCACUGCAGGGCCUGUCCCUGUUUAACAGUGUCCAAAAUGGCUCAUUUCCUUCUUUUAUCCCAUUCUAAAGCCUCUGGCUGGUCUGGGAGCAGGGCAGGUCCCUGUCUCAUACAAGAGCCCUUCCUAAGGCACGUGCCUGCAAUGCUUGGGAUGAUGUUGGUAGUGUCAAGAGCUCCUGAUUGCUGCUGGGAGAGACCUGGGCAGCAGCCACAUCUAUUGCUCAGGGGGAAGUUGUCCCUCCUUUUCCCACUGCCUUAAAUCCAGGGGAAAGCAACGUGCCACUGCUUCUGGAAAGGGAACUGAGAGUGAAAGCAGUGGAUGGAGUCAGGCUUUGGAGACACACAUGAGAGAGAUUUGACAUCUGAAAGGGUUUUUCUCUCCCAUCUCCUACUUUCCUGCCAUUUGGAAAGCAGAAACUUUCCACAGUGGAACCUCUUAUCCAGGAAAUGACAUUUCAGCCAGGAUGUUUGUCCCAAGGCAAGUGCAGAAGGAUCAUGAUCCUCCAAUAUACUUUUUCUGCUUCCCAGCACCGUUCUUGUCUCCAGUGUCACCCAGACCACUCCCCACCUGAGCUUCUAUUCAAAAGAGCAACGAUUUCAAACCAAAAGUUUUCUUGGGUCUCCUUACCCAUGGCAGAAGGAGAGAUGGAAUGAGAUGAUAGCUAAGGUUCCUUCCAAGACAAACAAUUCCAUGAGGAUUCCUCAGGUCAUCCAGCAACCACACCAGCCUGGAGUUCCCCUGCUGCACACAGCACCAGCCUGACAGAGCUCAAGGAGCAUUUGGACAAUGCUCUCAGGCACAGGCUGGGAUUGCUGGGAUGUCCUCAGCAGGGCCAGGAACUGAAUUCAAUGAUCUUUGUGGCUCCCUUCCAACUCUGGAUAUUUUAUGGUUCUAUUUUAUGAUGCCUCUC